AGUUAUAGUUACUACAAAGAGACAGACAGCUGCGCAGAGAGACAGACAGAUAGAGAAAUUACACAUGGUCUCUUCUUAAUGUGCAAAAGAGACAUGUUAAUAUAGCAGAAAUGUGUGACUUAUUAGAUUUUGUUUAAUUUUCUGGAGAUAAUCUUUUACUUUUUGGAUUUAUUUUGUCCUUUAUUGUGAUUUUUAAUUCAAUUUUCCACUAAAUAUUGAUGCUUCCUGGUGUGUUUUUCCUUAAAGCUUCCACACCAGAAAGUAAGAGAGUGUGUGGGUGAGUGUGUGUUUGUAUGUGUGCGUGAUAUAGUAAACCAUGGAGCUGGAGCGUUUAGGUGGCGGUGGGGUUAAACCCGAGAGGGACAACAGUCGUCUCUACAGGAUAGCACUGGCCAUGUGUGUGUGCCUCUGUGCUGCUCUGCUGCUUGCACUAAUACUGGUUUCUCAAAAAUCCAGUCAGCAGGAGUUCUGCCUGACCCCAGAAUGCAUUGAAGCAGUGGGGUCUAUUCUGAGUAAAAUAGAUCAGUCCGUCAACCCCUGUGAGGACUUUUAUACUUUCUCCUGUGGCGGGUGGUUAAAGGAGAACCCGAUCCCUGAAGAUUCCUCCUCCUACGGAAUCUAUCCUUGGCUGCGGCAGCAUGUAGACAUCCGACUCAAAGAGUUAUUAGAAGCUCCCUCAGAGUCUGAUGAACUGGAGGCAGUGGCCAAGGCAAAGGUCCUUUAUCGCUCCUGUAUGAAUGAAACCAUACUGGAGCAGAUGGACGCCAAACCGAUGCUGAAAACACUCAAACAGACUGAGUUUCGGUGGCCUGUUGUUGGGGACGGGCUCGGGGGAGAGUAUCAGUGGUCGGAGAAGCAGUGGAGCCUCCUGAAGACCCUGGCAGAGAUGAGGAACCAGCACAGUAAGAGCGUCCUGAUUCGCCUUUACGUCUCCCCUGAUGACAAAAACUCCUCACACUACAUCAUCAAGCUCGAUCAGGCCUCCUUGUCUCUGCCCUCCAGGGAGGACUACACCACCAACUCUUCCUCUGCACGGGCCUACCGUGCAGCCCUACUGAGCUUGAUGGUAGACACAGCCAUCAUGCUGGGCGCUCCGGAGAAAGCAGCCCUGACCCAGAUGGAAAAGGCUCUGGCCUUCGAGACCAAACUGGCUCAUAUUCUGAUUCCUUAUGAAAACCGCACCAGUGAGAGCAUGUACAACAGAUACUCGCUCUCUCGCCUGCAGCGCACCAUACCUCAGUUUGACUGGUCUGGUUUUGUGAAAGCCGUGUUGGAGUCUAAAACCGAGCCGACUCGGUCCAUCUCCUCCUCUGAGCCCGUCAUCGUCCGUGCUCCACAGUAUUUCAAGGAUCUUGUCAAGCUUAUUAACUCCACCGAUCCCAGGACUGUUGCUAACUACGUGCAGUGGAGGACAGUAUUUUCCAGGAUCACCACUCUGAGCCGACGUUUCCUUUACAGAUACUUGGACUACGCUCGGGUAACCACAGGAACCACCUCUCUCACCCCUCGCUGGGAUAAGUGUGUCAACUACGUCGAGAACUCGCUUGUUUACGCCACCGGGCGCCUCUUUGUCAACACACACUUUCAGGAGGACAAGAAACACAUGAUGGAGGAGCUGAUUGAUGGUGUUCGUUGGGCGUUUAUCGACAUGCUGAAGAAUGAGAACGACUGGAUGGAUCCACCAACGAAAGAGAGAGCCAUAGACAAGGCUUAUGCGGUCCUUGCCAAGGUCGGCUACCCUGAGUUCAUCCUGAACGACACCUACCUCAAUGAAGACUUGAAGCAGCUAGAGUUCAUUGAGAAGGACUACUACGGGAACGUGAUGCAGACGCUGAAGUUCAUCGCUCAGUCGGAUCUCGCCUGGCUCCGGAAGAGCGUCCCACGUACAGAAUGGUUUACCAACCCAACGACUGUGAACGCCUUCUACAGUUCCUCCACGAACCAAAUCAGAUUCCCUGCAGGAGAGCUUCAAAAACCUUUCUUCUGGGGAAGAGAGUAUCCAAGGUCUUUAAGUUACGGUGCCAUCGGCGUGAUUGUUGGACACGAGCUAACACAUGGCUUUGACAACAACGGUCGCAAGUAUGACAAAAAUGGUAACCUAGACCAAUGGUGGAGCAACUCCUCUGUGACAGCCUUCAAUGAGAAGAGCCAGUGUAUGAUUGACCAGUACAAUGGAUAUCAAUGGGAGGAAGCAGGCCUGAAUGUGAGAGGGAAGAGGACUCUGGCAGAAAACAUUGCAGAUAAUGGAGGAAUACGAGAGGCGUUCAGGGCGUACAGGCGGUGGGUGGAUGAGAGCAGAGGUGGUGUGGAGGAGCCUCGCCUGCCAGGAGUCAGUUUGAACAACAACCAACUGUUCUUCCUCAGCUAUGCACAUGUGAGAUGUAACUCAUACAGACCAGAAGCAGCCAGAGACCAGAUCCAGAGUGGAGCUCAUAGUCCACCAAAGUACAGAGUCAUCGGCGCGAUGAGUAACUUUGAGGAGUUUCGGAAAGUGUUCAGCUGUCCCGAUUCGUCAGUUAUGAACCGUGGUGCACAGUCCUGCCGGGUGUGGUGACCUUUGACCUCAGCUUGCUCCUGGACCAGGCCUGAGUUGUCUGCAGCAGGACAGAGGGCUGGUAACAGUGCUCGACUCGGCCGGCAUAGUUUACACGAUGUGGGAACAAUGCAGCAGACAUGUUCUCCUGACAGAACACGGCCUGUUGUAUGAACGUGUUGGUUUAAAGUGGGGAACUGAAGAGAUGGUAGACAUUUUUUAAUGUGCUGUUGUUUACUUUUAAUGCAACAAAUCGUUAACUUUUUCCACAGGUACAUUAACUGCACAUGUUUCAGCUACUGCAUAAAUUAUGACUGAAGUUAACUCUCGAGGACCAUAAUUUAUGGAUUAUCAGAGUGUUGUAAAAAAGAGCUUUAUGUGUACUAUAAGUAUGACUUGAUAAAGCUAGAAACUGUCUUUUGGGAAUAAAAAUGUUUAUAUGAAAUA